AUGGCUAUAGAUCAGUUCUUCAUAAUAAACAAGUCUGGAGGAAUGGUAUUUAGGUAUGAAAAAAGAGGCUGCACGGAGAUAAACAAUCUUUUAGUAUUAACAAGUUCUUUAUAUUCAACAUGCAUGAUCUCCUCAAAAAUAACAGGUAGGCCAACAUCAAAGCAAGUCAUCUACUUCAAGAAUAGAACAAUAUCGAUAUUUAAGACAUUUUCAAGCACAAUGUUUGUUUUUGUCGGCAAAAAGGUUUCUGAUUUGGCUUUCAGCAGAGUUUAUGCACAUUACUGUGAGUACGUAACAAGAAAUCCUUUCCAUAAUCCAGAAAUGCCCAUCCAUUGCUCAAAGUUCAAGCCUCACCUUUUUUUCGACGAAUAA